AUGAGCAAGGCGCUCAGCCCACGAUACCAAGGCCUUUCAACCUAUGAGAAAGAAUACCUCGCUAUAGUUGUCGCGGUGGAUCAAUGGCGCCCCUACCUCCAACAUGCUGAAUUCAUCAUUCUCACUGAUCAGAAGAGCUUGAUUCACCUGGAGGAACAGAGGCUGACCACUCCAUGGCAGCAGAAGGCUUUUACCAAGCUCCUCGGCCUCCGUUACUGA